UGCAGCCCUGCCCGCUGGCCAUGGGAGAGGCUUAAACAAACGCCGGAAGCAACUCCCAGCCCCAUAAAGAUCUGGGACCGGCAGCCCCAGACCUGCCUGCCUUCCUGACUUCUGUUCCAGAGCAAAGGUCAUUCAGCCGCUUGAAUCAGCCUUUUCCCUCCACCCGGUCCCCAGCUUUGUUUAUCCGAUAAGGAAGGUCAGCAUUCAAAGUCAAGAAGCGCCUCUUAUCUUCCCCUGCGCUCUACAAAUAGUUCCGUGAGAAAGAUGGCCGGGAACUCGAUCCUGCUGGCUGCUGUCUCUAUUCUCUCGGCCUGUCAGCAAAGUUAUUUUGCUUUGCAAGUUGGAAAGGCAAGAUUAAAAUACAAAGUUACGCCCCCAGCAGUCACUGGGUCACCAGAGUUUGAGAGAGUAUUUCGGGCACAACAAAACUGUGUGGAGUUUUAUCCUAUAUUCAUAAUUACAUUGUGGAUGGCUGGGUGGUAUUUCAACCAAGUUUUUGCUACUUGUCUGGGUCUGGUGUACAUAUAUGGCCGUCACCUAUACUUCUGGGGAUAUUCAGAAGCUGCUAAAAAACGAAGCUGUUCCCACCAUGAAGGCUUGAAGCGACAGUGCAUGGCUAGAACCAGCCAGACCUUUGGAGUUCAAGAACUCGAGAGAGGCUGUGGGAGGGAGAGCCCAUGUCAGCCUGCUCUGCCGGUUUCCCGACUGCUGAACCUGUCUGUGGGAAGCCAGGUUUGACCAUGUGAUGCUGAGGCUCUGAGAGGAGGGCUGCCCUUUUCCCCACCCUCGGCCCCCAUUCCUAUGAGUAGAAGCCUGCCCAGCUGCGGUGGUGGGGUCUGAGGAGGCUAGGACUUAGAGCAGGGAAAAACACAAGGAAGCAGAAAGAAAAACAGAAACACUUAGAAAUCUGGGAUUGGUACUUCUCCUUAUGUAAAGAUUGUGGCUGACGACCAGCUUCUUAGAGGAAACAAGUCUAGGAGAAGGGCUCAUACCUGGUCCGUGAUGGCCUAUGGGGGAUCAGGGCAUAAGACCACCUGACCCUGGGCCUUGCAUCCACAAGAACCUUGAGUUUAGAUUUUUAGACAUAUUCUUCAAACAAGGUUUUACAUAUACAGUCACUGAGAAAUCCUGAGAGGAUUGAAAAAUAGCAUCUAUUUUACAGCUUUAAAUUGUGCCCUGAGCUGAGCGUGGUGGCUCACUCCUGUAAUCCCAGCACUUUGGGAAGCUGAGGUGGGAGGACUGCUUGAGUUCAGUUCAGGACCAUCCUGGGCAACAGCAAGACCUCAUCUCUACUAAAAAUAAAAAAAAUCAGCUGGGCAUGGUGGUGUGCACCUGUAGUCCCAGUUACUCAGGAGGCUGAGGUGGGAGGAUCGCUUGAGCCUGGGAGGUUGAGGCUGCAGUGAGCUGUGAUUGUGCCACUGCACUCCAGCCUGGGUGACAGAGUGAGACAAUUCUGCCCUGUUAUUAGAUCGAGCUGCUCUAAGUCCAUUAUCAAUUAACAUUCUUUAUACGUCCUGUGUUUAUUUUGUGCACAGUGUAAUUGCCCUAUGCUGUAUUUUUAAAAAUAAAAACAUUGCAUU